AAACAAAAGAACCAGUAAAGUCCUUCGUGCUUUAAAUCAAAUUCCACGUGUCCUUCCGGAGGCUGCUGGUUGGGAGCUCUAGCUUGGGAGAAAGAGGGCGUGAUGCUUGAAUUGAUUGGUUUAGCCGCCUUGCCAGUGUCCUCCGUUUGGGGAUAUCUGUGGCGUGUCGAGAAGCCAAGUCGCCAAACCACACUCCAAGCCACUAUUCUUCCAGAUGCAACUGCCCAAACAAACGACGUCCGGCAGGCGGGCCUGGACUCCGGCCGGUCCCACGGUUCCUUCAGCCCCGCCCCUGCCCGUGUCGGGAGCGCGGCUCCUGACCCCGCCCCUGCAUGGCGCUCCGGAAACUGGCUGCUAGCGGGACCUGCCCUCCCGCCAGGCCUGGUAGGGGCGGAACCCGGCCUGCGGCUGCUAGGACCCGAGCGGCGCGAGGUGAGCCUCCGUCCAGAAGUCCGCAGUUCUCGGCCAUGGCUAUUCCCGCACGCACUUUCUCCUCGCUUCGCAGCUACCUGGGCCGAGUCCCGGGGCUGGGCGGGGGCGCAGCGUCGCUCGUGGGGGCCCAGGGAGCGGCCGGCCCCACGUUCCGGGGCUUUCAGAGCAGCGGAGUGAGACAUGAUGCCAUUGUUAUCUCAGGAACUGAAAUGGCCAAACAAAUCCAGAAGGAAAUACAGCAGGCUGUGGAGGCCUGGAUUUCCCUCGGGAACAGAAGACCUCACCUCAGUAUCAUUUUAGUGGGCGAUAACCCGGCCAGCCAUACCUAUGUCAGGAAGAAGCUCAGAGCCGCCUCUGCUGUAGGUAUCUGCAGUGAGGUCAUUCUAAAACCCAAGGAUGUUUCCCAGGAAGAACUUUUGGAUAUAACUGAUCACUUGAACUUGGAUCCACGAGUCAGUGGCAUAUUAGUUCAGUUGCCACUGCCAGACCAUGUGGAUGAGCGAACAGUAUGCAACGGGAUUGCCCCCGAAAAGGACGUAGAUGGAUUUCAUAUUAUCAAUAUUGGAAGACUGUGCCUUGAUCAGCAUUCUCUCAUACCUGCCACUGCCAGUGCUGUCUGGGAAAUAAUCAAAAGGACAGGAAUCGAAACAUUUGGGAAAAACGUGGUUGUGGCUGGAAGAUCCAAGAAUGUAGGGAUGCCCAUCGCCAUGCUGUUGCACACCGAUGGAGAACAUGAGCGGCCGGGAGGUGAUGCCACUGUGACAAUAGCUCACAGAUACACCCCCAAAGAACAAAUGAAGAUCCAUACUCAGCUGGCAGAUAUUGUCAUAGUCGCUGCAGGUAUUCCAAAGUUGAUUACAUCUGAUAUGAUUAAAGAAGGUGCAGCUGUAAUUGAUGUUGGAAUCAACUAUGUCCACGACCCAGUGACAGAAAAGACAAAAUUAGUUGGAGAUGUGGACUUUGAAGAUGUUAAGAAGAAGGCUGGCUUUAUCACUCCGGUGCCGGGGGGUGUGGGGCCCAUGACGGUGGCGAUGCUUCUGAAGAACACCCUCCUGGCCGCUCAGAGAGCCGUUUACUAGACCACAGGGAAGAACACAGCAAGUGGAAGUUAUGCUGUUUAUUUAUUUGUCAAAGGGGAAAAAACCUUUAUAUUUUACUACAAAGCUAUUUAUUUCUGCAUUAUUUAUUUUUUCAUGGAUGGAAUCAUUGUGGAUGAGAGGAUUCAUGUAACUUUAUACAUUUCCUGCUAACAGAUUUUGAGUUUUAGGGGAAAAAAAACAAUUCCAAUGAAAACUUUGGUAAUAGUUGUUUACUUUGUGAAUAAUAUUUGUUCAUAAUGUUAAAACCAGUAAAGGGCUCAUAAUAAUAUAUUUUUGACACAAUUAAAUAUUACACACUGUAUGUUUUCAACAAAUGUUUGUCAGCCAAAUGGGCACCCAUGUAAAAUGUAAUUUAUGUUUUACCAUAAACAUACUCCAUUUUUAUAUAUUUUAUGUUCUAUACAUAUACUUAAGAAGAACUAACUUGCUAAAAGAAAGAUAAAAUAUAAAAAAUUAAAAUCUUGAUCUUAUGUGUCCCCCAAAUUUAUCCCAUGAGGCAUCCUAAUAAGAAAUGAUGUUCCAUUCAAGGAAAGAAAAAUAUAUAAGGAAGACAAAAAAUACAGUACUGCAUAGUGAUUAUUUAAAAUUAUAAAGGACUACUUAUCAUCAUAAAAAUGUAAUAAGAAUGUAUUAGGUUUACAUGUAAUUUUUUUUUUGUUCUAUAAUACAAUGUGGAUAGUUCUUUGAGGAAUAUUGGAAAUUUCAAAGCAAACAAAUACAUAAAACAAAACUAAGGUAGCCUUUUCCUACAACUAUCAGGAAAAUAUAUGACAUAGUAUGAGUGAGUCCUUUUUUAAAGAAUUGUUAUGUUUUUUAAAAAAUUUGAAAAUCUAAUGGGAAAACACACUUAUGAUGCUCCAAUACUAAACAUGAAGAUAUGACUAAAAAUCCACUGUUGUUCUUGCCCACAGUUCUUCCCUCUUCUCUUAUAGCAUUUGGUUCUCAAAGUAGAUGCCUUGUUUCUAACACAAUUUAUAUUAAGAAAUACAUGUGACUCUCAGUUGAAGGGUAUUUUGAAAUGGCUCUAGCUACAUAAAUAUAUUGUUUUCAUACCUAAAUCCCAGUAUAUGUAUGUACCAAUAAUGAUUCUUACCCAAUGCAUGUCUUUAACAGUCUGUAUGCUUUAUCAUUUAUGUGAAAAUAGACUAGAUGUUUAUGAUUAAUAGCAU